UGAACACCUCGACAUCCUCGAUUACCACCACGCUUCUUGCUUUUCCAGACUUCUCUUUUCCAAAAAUAUUCUCGUUGGCCUCGCAUCCUCCUUCGCCUCGAUAACCACCUUUCACACCCUUCUCCCAAGUCGAAGCUCUUCACACUCAUCAACACCCGCCUCCCUCGAGCGCAUGGUGUCGCGACGGUGACAGCGCAGCUUCUUCAAGGCGAUCAUCAGACACAUUGCAGCGAAUUGCAGCGAAUUGCAGCGGCUGUGGCCUUUGAGGAGCGUUAAGAAAUGGGGAAUACACAAUUUGGGAAAUUCCAAGACUUCUGUGCCGAUUCAUUUCUACCAAUAUGUAAUAUUCUGACAGCCACUAAUCAACCUCCCGGUAUCCAAUAUGUCAAUGUCAACGGAAGCGGAGGCUGUGUUCUGCGUGGGAUCUCUCUCAGUCAUGGAAGAAAUCUGGCAAACCUAGGGUCCAUAUUACUCGCCGGCGUGGCCAUCGUUGUCACCUCGUUCUUAUUAUGGCGGGCCCAACGAAAGGCGGCCGCCGUUGGUCGAAGAGAAAUGCAAAUGUUUCUAUUGGGAUUUUUGGUGAUCGAGAUCUGCGAAAUAUUCACAAUGGGCGGCUUCCCACUGGACAACGAUGUGCGAAAAGGCUUCACGGCUGUCCACAUAGCUGCGGUAACGGCGACAUCAUGGAUACUAUUGAUGAAUGCUUUUGUGGGAUACCAACUCCUCGACGACGGCACGCCCUUAUCACUAGGAUUGAUAGCUGGGAGUUCACUGGCGUUGUUCGUGGGGACCGGGUAUAUUGCGCUUGAUACAGCUUUCUCGUGGACCGGUUACUGGGACGACUCUUUAUCAGCUGCGAGUUCACACCGCAAUACCGCUCUCUACGUGCUUUACCAACUAGCGCCGUUGGUGUUCAUGUUCUUUUUCUUCCUCCUGGAGACCAUCCUGGUUCUAAGGGUUCUGGGCGAGACAAAGCCUAUGCUCUAUCUCGGCUCUGCAGCGCUCCUAUUCGCCAUUGGCCAGAUUUUCAUGUAUGUGAUAUCUGUUCACAUAUGCAACCCGACAGAUGGGAAAGUCAACGGCGCCCUGUUUGAAACGCUCUUCACCCUACUCAGCGUAGUCGCCAUUUUCGUGUUCUGGUCGUCUAUAACAGAGGACGACUGGCCGAUUCAAUGAUCGCGGGGACCGACUCACUUCCCGAGAUGAGCAUCAGCAUUACCGAAAUCCCGGAGGACCUGUUGGGGUUGCAUUGGCUGCGUCCAAGAAAAGGCGUGCGAUUCGCGCAUGCUGCCAAAGGAAUUUGUUGAAGCUCACUCGCUGUGACACACUCAUCCAAGGUUACGAAAGGGAACUAUCGAUCUAGACCUUGACGACUUUUACGCAGCGUUUGGCGUUUUGAAUCAUGUAUGAUUGGGGAAUAUGAUCAGGAGGUUCGCGUCAUAUCGAUUCGAUUUCCGACUGACGAGCCGUCGUGGCUAGGAAUCUGCCCACGAUCGAGCUGUAAUUUUGACACUAUAGCGAAAUAUUUUGCAGAGUAGUAUGAUCAGU